CACAAAAAUAACAGCUAAAAUUUUAUACUCAUGGUCAUCAGGUCAUGGACUCCCAAAUCCAGAAGCCUUUCAAAGUAUACCUAGUUUCCUCCCCCGAGUCGCCCGAGUUCACCCUCCUCACUCGGUCCCUGACUCAGUCCUCGCUCGUCGGGCUCGACGCCGAGUGGAAGCCUGUCCGAACAUACCAGUCUUCGUUCCCCGACGUGUCGCUGCUCCAAAUCGCCUGCCAACUCGGCGGCGACUCGGAACCUGUCUCGGCCGUGUUCCUCCUCGACCUUCUUUCCAUCCCUCUCUCCUCGCUAUGGAAGCCACUCCGAGAAAUGCUGGAAUCCCCCGAGACCUUGAAACUUGGUUUCAGAUUCAAGCAAGAUUUGAUAUAUCUGUCUUCUACUUUCUGUUCCCAUGGCUGCGACCCUGGUUUCGAUAAGGUGGAGCCAUAUUUGGAUAUCACGAGUCUGUAUAAUCUUCUGUAUCUAAAGAAGCAUGGACGGAAUGCACCGAAGCAGACUAAAAGUUUGUCGAAUAUAUGCAUGGAAGUCCUGGGUUUUCCUCUCUCAAAGGAACUCCAAUGUAGUGAUUGGUCAUGUCGUCCUCUUACAGAAGAGCAGAUAACAUAUGCAGCUAUGGAUGCUCAUUGCUUGGUUGAAAUAUUUAACGUCUUCAAUUCAAAAGUUGCCAAUACAGGAGAUUUUCUUCUCAAGACAACCACAUUGUCUAACACAAUGGAAAAUGUUGGGUUGAAAGAGCUUUUUGCAAAGCAUGAUUUGAAUGAUAAUGCCCUGGGAAUGCAAUUUUGUGAAGCCUUAUCAAUUGUUCGAUCGACUAUUGGUUCUGCUGCUGGUCAGGUGAUACCUUCAGCUGAAAGAACAAUUCAAAGGUUACCAUGUUCGGUUAAUGUACCUUCAGAUGAAUUUUCGAAGAUUGUGAAAAAAUAUGGUGACAGAAUUUUGUUAAAGGAGUCUGACAGAAGACCCAAAACCUCAAAAAAGAAAGCAAAAAAGCGGUCAUCAACUAAUGGCAUUAGCAAUGUAAAGCAUUUGGAAAAAUUUGAUGACUGGCAAGGUAUCCCACCUUGGGAUCCAUCAGUAGGAGGGGAUGGAUAUCCAAAGUUCCUUUGUGAUGUUAUGGUUGAAGGCUUGGCCAAACAUUUACGAUGUGUUGGGAUGGAUGCUGCAAUUCCUUAUUCAAGGAAGCCUGAACAAAGGGAGUUGAUAGAGCAAGCCCGCAGAGAGAAGAGAGUACUUUUGACUCGAGAUGCGAAGUUGCUAAGAUAUGAAUAUCUAAUAAAUAACCAAAUAUAUAAAGUGAAGAGUCUUCUGAAAAAUGAACAGCUACUUGAGGUCAUUGAAGCCUUUCAGCUAAAAAUUAGUGAGGAUCAGCUGAUGUCAAGAUGUACAAAAUGCAAUGGGAGAUUUAUACAAAAGCCACUGUCUACUGAAGAGGCUAUUGAAGCUGCAAAGGGUUUUCAGAAAAUUCCAAAUUUCUUAUUUAACAAGAAUAUAGAGUUCUGGCAGUGCAUGGACUGUCACCAACUUUAUUGGGAGGGAACCCAAUACCACAAUGCAAUACAGAAGUUCAUUGAUGUCUGCAAGCUGAGUGAUUAAUUUGCACUCUACUGUGGAUGUGCAUUUGAACGAUAGUGAUAUCGAUUCUGAGAGCUAUUAUCCAUGAUAAUGAAAAUGUCAUUUUCUCUUGAACAUGUAUUAUUCUAAUGCAAUCUAUACAUGUAAUGUAUCUCAUAAUUUAUACAUCAAGUUUGCUACUAUGCAUUCUCUCUUGUAGUUUAUUCUGCCCAAUCAACUUCGAUUUCAACAUGAUUGAUAGAAAUAUAACUAUUCAUGUUGUCUU